AUGACGUAUCGAGUCACUGUCCUACAAGGGACCCGAGCAGAAGCGGCACAGUCACAACUCUGCAUCCGUGGUGUGGAUUUGGUUCUGAGCAAAAUGAAACUACUCAUCGCCUUCGCCCUGGUGGCCGUCGCCAGUGCCGACGUGUCGCACCUGUUCUCGCACAGCAACAACCUCCAUGAGGAUGGCUACCACUAUGGAGCUCCCUCGGAGCCCUUCCCUGUGAUCGAUCUGCCGGUGCCCCAUGAGACUGCCCCCGCACCGGUGGUUGUCUACAAGCCCCAGCCCACUCCUCCUCGUCCCGUCUACACCGCUCCCCCGGUGGUGUACAAGCCACAGCCCACGCCGGCGCGUCCCGUGUACACCGCUCCUCCCGCAGGUGUGCUGAAGGAUGAUGGCUACCACUACGGCGAGCCCUCCAUUCCCUUCCCCGUCACCGUGCCCCCACCAGUACGUGAGGCCCUCUCCCCCAAGGCUGAGUACCUGCCUCCUCCGACCACCAAGCGCGUGUAUGUUGCUCCUCCCACCACCAAGAAGGUGUACGUGCCACCCCCACCACCACCACCGUCGCCACCCAAGGAGAAGUACCUGCCACCCCCACCGACCAAGAAGUACGUGCCUCCCCCACCACCACCACCACCACCGACCAAGAAGGUUGUCUACGUGCCCCCACCACCACCACCACCAACCAAGAAGGUCGUCUACACCCCACCCCCAGUGGGAGUCCUUAAGGACGAUGGCUACCACUACGGCGAGCCCUCCAUUCCCUUCCCCGUGACCGUGCCCCCAAGUGUACGUGAGGCCCACUCCCCCAAGGUCGAGUACCUGCCUCCCCCACCCACCAAGAAGGUUGUCUACGUGCCACCCCCACCACCACCAACCAAGAAGGUCGUCUACGUGCCACCCCCACCACCACCAACCAAGAAGGUCGUCUACGUGCCUCCCCCACCACCACCACCACCACCAACCAAGAAGGUAGUCUACACCCCACCCCCAGUGGGAGUCCUUAAGGAUGAUGGCUACCACUAUGGCGAGCCCUCCAUUCCCUUCCCCGUGACCGUGCCCCCACCAGUGUACGUGAGGCCCACUCCCCCCAAGGUCGAGUACCUGCCCCCACCCACCAAGAAGGUCGUCUACGUACCACCCCCACCACCACCAACCAAGAAGGUCGUCUACGUGCCACCCCCACCACCACCAACCAAGAAGGUCGUCUACGUCCCACCCCCACCACCACCACCACCACCAACCAAGAGGGUCGUCUACACGCCGCCCCCAGCACCCAAGGUCGAGUACCUGCCACCCGCGGAGAAGGGCUACAGCUACCCCAACAACCCCCAGCCCUCUUUCCACUUUUAG